AAUGAAUUCUCCUCCCUUUUAACUUCACUUUCUUCUUCUUCCUCUGAAAACAAACCCAACUCUAGAAGAAACCUCUGUUUCUUUUUCUGAUUUUCUUUGUGUCAUCAUCUUCUUGUAAGAAAGCAACAACAACAAUGCAGAGCAGCUUCAAAACCGUUCCUUUCAAUCCUGAUUUCUACUCUCAAUCCUCUUUCUUCUUCAGAGGGGAUAGUUGUCUUGAAGAGUUUCAUCAACCAGUUAAUGGUUUUCACCAUGAAGAAGCUAUCGAUUUAAGUCCAAAUGUCACUAUUGCUUCAGCCAACUUACACUACACGACGUUUGAUACGGUUAUGGAGUGUGGUGGUGGUGGUGGCUUGAGGGAGAGACUUGAAGGAGAAGAGGAGUGUUUGGAUACAGGGCAAUUAGUGUAUCAGAAAGGGACAAGAUUAGUCGGAGGAGAAGUGAACAGCAGUUGGUGUGAUUCGGUUUCAGCUAUGGCUGAUAACAGUCAACAUACUGACACUUCCACAGAUAUUGAUACUGAUGACAAGACUCAGUUAAAUGGAGUUCAUCAAGGGAUGCUUUUGGCUACUAAUUGUUCAGAUCAAUCCAAGACACUUCGACGACUAGCUCAGAAUCGGGAGGCUGCUAGGAAAAGUCGAUUGAGGAAAAAAGCAUAUGUCCAGCAACUUGAGAAUAGUCGAAUAAGGUUAGCACAGCUAGAGGAAGAGCUCAAAAGAGCUCGCCAACAGGGAUCUUUGGUCGAAAGCGGAGUUUCAACGGAUCACUCGCAUUUGGCUGCUGGAAAUGGUGCCUUUUCAUUUGAAUUGGAAUAUACACGUUGGAAGGAGGAACAUCAAAAGCUGAUAAACGACUUAAGAUCGGGUGUGAAUUCACAGUUAGGUGACAACGAUCUACGAGUGCUAGUGGAUGCUGUGAUGAGUCACUACGAUGAAAUAUUCAGGCUAAAGGGAAUUGGUACCAAAGUUGAUGUCUUUCAUAUGCUCUCAGGCAUGUGGAAGACUCCUGCUGAGAGAUUUUUCAUGUGGUUAGGUGGAUUUAGAUCAUCUGAGUUACUUAAGAUAUUGGGGAACCAUGUGGAUCCAUUGACGGAUCAGCAGUUGAUAGGCAUCUGCAACCUUCAACAGUCAUCUCAGCAAGCAGAGGAUGCAUUGUCACAAGGCAUGGAAGCUCUGCAACAAUCGCUUCUCGAAACGCUUUCCUCUGCUUCAAUGGGUCCAAACUCUUCAGCAAAUGUUGCAGAUUAUAUGGGUCAUAUGGCAAUGGCCAUGGGCAAACUUGGCACUCUCGAAAACUUUCUUCGCCAGGCUGAUCUAUUGAGGCAACAGACUCUCCAACAGCUUCACAGAAUUCUUACCACACGACAAGCUGCUCGCGCUUUUUUGGUCAUCCAUGACUAUAUUUCUCGGCUUAGAGCACUUAGCUCUCUAUGGUUAGCCCGGCCUAGGGACUAAAAAGUCUGUAGUCAUGACCAAAGGAAAGCAUAGUUCUGGUCUUAGAUUUUCACAUUCAA